UUGAGCCCUGGUGGGAAGGUGGCUAUGUGAGGACACAAGUCAGACAGGGAAACCUCCCUUCCUUCUCCAGACUGACCUGAGGUAUUGUUGGCUCUUAGGUGUGAGGCAUGGUUUUUCAGUCUGGGAUGUUCUGUCACAUAAAUUACAGGCCUUUCUGUCAUGGGGCCACUAGGGGAGGACAGGUUACUACAAGGACAAGGGGUCCUGAGGGUCAGGAUCCUAAAGGUCUGCUCCACCCUCCUGCCCUCACAGGCCUUGCCUCUCUUCCCCAGUGCUGUGCUCCCUGGUCUGUGCCCUGCAUACCAGGCCAGCCACCUGGCCUGCCCCAGAGUUGGAAACACUGUCCUUAUCUCACCCCUAGUCCCAUCUUUUGCCUCAUGACCCUGUGCUGCUUUGACCCUUUCACUGUCUUGAUGUACAGGGCCUGAGCAGUCAGCUGCCCCCAUACUGGCUGCCUCUGGUAUCUGGCUGGGUGAAUGAGGGCACUGCCAGAUGCACCCUCCCUGGUCCGUGGCUCCUGCCCAUGGGGCUGACAGCAGAAAUCGUCGUCUGGGAGAGAACUGGAGCCAAGUUCUGCUCAAAUCUAUUUUAGACUCUUGAGUGCCCUUUUCUCUAUAGACUUCCCCUAGAGCCCACUAGUAUACAGCCAGGCUGGGGGUCUCCAAGAAAGAGUGAGUCAGGGUGGGGAGGCCCUGGGGCAAUGUUGAGAGCUGGGCUGUGUCCAACAGGGGCCUAUCUCAGGGCCCCUACCCAGGCAGCCGCAGCUCUCGACCACAACAUCCUCUGGGGUUUGGCCUACAGAGCUGUGGCGGAUGACCCCCAAAUAGCCCUGGCAGAUUCCCGGGACCCACCCGCAAGAUGGUCCAGUGCCCCAUCCCCACCCCCACUUCUAGGCACAGCCCAGAGGGUAUAAACAGGCUGGAGGCUGGAGGGGCAGACAGCAGUCCUGAGCAGCAGCAGCCUGACGCAGCCACUGACAGACAAACCAUGAGGUCCCUCACCCUCCUCACCCUGCUGGCCCUGGCCAUGCUUUGCCUCACUGGACAGGCAGAUGGGAAGCCAAGCAGUGCAGAGUCUGAUAAAGGUGCAGCUUUCAUGUCCAAGCGGGAAGGCAGUGAGGUGAUGAGGAGACCCAAGCGCUACCUGCAUCACUGGCUGGGAGCUUCAGUGCCCUACCCGGAUCCCCUGGAGCCCCAGAGAGAAGUGUGUGAGCUCAACCCGGACUGUGACGAGCUGGCUGACCAUAUUGGCUUCCAGGAGGCCUACAGGCGCUUCUAUGGCACAGCCUAGGCCACCCAGCCUGCUGGCCCAGCUGGCAACCCCAGCUUUGCCUCCUCUCCAGUCUCCAUCCUCUCCCUUUGCCCUGACCUCCCUGCCCUACAAGUUGUGGGGUCCCCAUCAUCCCAGCUGCUCCAGAAUAAAACUCCAGAAGAGGAAUUGGUGGCCCAUUAUCUGUCCUGCCUGGGGAGAGUAGGAGGGAUAUGUUGGAAGGAUGAGGGUGUAAAGUUUUACAUUUAGUCCCAGAAAGUGUUUCCCAAAGGCUGUUAUUUAUUUGUGCCUGCCUUAUUCCAGCAGGCAUAGAAGGUAGCUUCAUAAGGCUUAAGUGUGGUCCCCCCAGCAAGCCUAGCAUUCUCAUCCUACCUCAUCUACUGUGCUAUCAAUGACACACCUAGAUGGCCCCAGUGCCCAAAUGCCUGGACACCUCAAGUACACAGUCAUAACCAGGACAGACAGACUCACCUCUAUGACAAAUAGCUGUGGACAACUGGGUACUACCUGUUUGGGGGUUAACUGCACUAAGCAUGGGCCUGGGUUAGUCAUAUUAGUGCUUCUCUGAGCUUGAGGAGAGACUUCAGGAGCACCAGACAUGGGCCAGAUGAGAGGUCCCAACGUUUGCCCACCCCAGACUCUGACAGGGCCUGGGCACAGCCCCAGCCUGGGCACACACCUACCCUCU